AUGAAUUUUGAUGAUGUUUUGGUAAUUUAUAUCUCAAGGGAGGAAGUUAUUGAUGUCCAGUUUGCAACAGGGAUUACUGGGGAAAUUAUUGACACCAUUAGCCCAAAACCAGAAGCUUUGUCUCACUGGCUACACAAAUCCAUGAUGUCUGGUAACUUGGCAGUUGACAUUUCCAGGAUCGAUCAUGACCCCUUGGACAUGGACAUCUUGUGUGCUGAGGGGAUAACCUUAUCCAACGGCUAUCUUCUAUGGAAUUUUCAUUUGCUGUGUCAAUUUUUGAGGUACCUCAGCUCAUCAGUGUACAUCCAAAAAGUCAGUAAUGGAUUUGCUACCAACAAAAUCUUAGCAGUCAAAGAUCAUCAUCACUCAGAGUUUUGA